GUGCAUGCAAAUAUAGAAAAGAAUGUGCUAUGUCACGAGACUUCCUGUAAUUUCCGCUCCACUGCUAUCAUCAUGUAGCUCACUUUUGAAGAAGUUCUCCACCAAGUGUCACAAUACAGAGUUAAAACGAUCAGCAUAGAAAGAAAGCAAACAUUCCUUAAGAGACGGAUCAUCUUCAGCACGAAAGAAACGGUGCUUAUCAUAUUUUAGCCUGUUGUUAGCAUAUAGGCAGUGACCGAAAUUGUGAUAAUCUGCCACAUGCUCCUCAGAUGUUGAAAUUGGCCAGUAUGCUUUCCUUUUUAAUCGAUACAGGUGUGGAUCACAGAUGUUAAAAUCAAAGCUAGGGUCGGCAUAUGUCGGCACGGGGAGUCUGAUCCCUUCGCUAACGCUGUGGGACUGACAUGGCAGUGGGUCCAGGCUUCAUCCUCUUGAUGCUCGCCUGGCUCUCUCAGGUGUUCUCAGAAAUUGUCCCUCUUCCUAAGCCGGUCAACGUGAAUGUCACCUCCAGUCAUUUUAUUCACCUGUUGACAUGGCAACGCGGUCCUGGGACGCCGAGGGGCGUGGCCUACAACGUCUCGGUGAGCUGUGAACGGGACCUCCCCUGGGUGCCCGUAGCAGGCUGUGUCCUUGUGAAACACCCGCUGGUUUGCGACCUGACCGGAGCUUUCACUAACCCCACACAUGUGUACUACAGCAUGGUUGUUGCAAUACUAGAGUCCCAGGCCUCCCCCGAGGCCUACUCUACCGGCUUUAAGCCCAUCAAAGACGGUGAGCUGGCCUCCCCGCUGCUGACGCUGGCCGCCUGUGACCACUCCCUGUGCGUGGACCUUCACCCCCCCCUGGAGCGCGUGAGGGCCCUCUACCAGGGCCUCCAGUACCAGCUCCGCGUCACCACCCACAGCCCCGGCAGCCAGCCGGCCGAGUCCCUGGAGCGCACCUUGUCCCUGAAGCGCCAUGUUUUGAAGGACCAGGCCCCUGGACGAGAGUACUGCGUCUCGGUCCGUAUCCGGGACCCCCAGACCCACAGGGAGUUCCCCUUCAGCCCGCCCACGUGUGCCUCCACCCCCACGGCGGGGGUCCGCUCUGCAGAUGUCCUUCUGGUGGUCUCCUUCCUUGCUCUGGUCCUGCUGGUGGUCGUCUUGUAUCUGUUGGUGCAGACCGGUGUGGUCUGUUUGAAGAAACCCCUCCCCUCUGUCCUGCAGGCAGAGGCGUGUCGCAACCCGCAGAGCCACUCGCAGCAGGCCGGGGCAGGAACAGCUAUUACCAGAACUGGUAUCGCUUCUCAAUUCACUUCCUACCGCCCUCCACUGUCGCUAACACCAGCCCCCGCGUGGGUUCAGCGACUACUGUACACUGCUCUGACCGUGAUCAGCUUCGCUUCCACUUCCUGUGAGUGCAGCUGUGUGUGGCGGUGGAGAGAUGAGUCACUUCCCAACCUCAUGUUUUGCUCUGUGUUCAAUGAGUCGAACUAUUUCACAGUGAUAUUCAUCAAUCCCCUGGUAGAGGAGAGGCUUGCAAUGCCGCAGAAAGAACGCGUCUGCGCCCACAUCCACCUGGGGGCCGCGGCGCCCUCUGCUGGGGGGAAGUGUGUAGCGCGGGUGGACCACAGCGGCGAAGAGGAGGGGGUCUCCACCGCUGGGAGCGCCAGGUCCCUGGGAGGCUACGGGCCGCACGUGGACUCUUCUUGUUCCUCCUUCUCAUCGUGCUCCUCAUCGUCCUCCCUCUCCACACGCCCCCUCCUGGCUCCAUCUCUUCACACGGUCGCUCCUUUAGCGGCCAUCGGCACACCAUGGCGUCACUCUGAACUGCAGUCCGAGCUCCGUGCCAUUGCUCUGAAAACGUUGGGCUCGGUUGCUGUGACAACGUGGGACCAGCAUGCUUUGCACCUUGCUUGUAGCGCAGACCCACCGGCACCGUCGCCGGAGGCGGAGCCUGGGGUGGGCUCGGGGGAGGGCUGCAGUGACGUGAACCUCCUCUCGCUGACCUUGGGGGGUCACCUCGAAGACGCGGCCACGCUGCCACCGACGGCCGAAGAGGAAGAGGUUUCCAUGGAAACGCUCAUCUCGGUGGAGGAUGAGGACGUGGAUGUGGAGGAGCAGGACGGGUAUUUGAGACGUUAGGCCGAGCUGACAAACUCUAAACUUUUUUUUUAAUUUGUUUUAUUUCAUUAUACCACAAAUGCACCUUUUCUUUGUCUUUAGUGUGAUGACCUCCUACCGGUGAGCACGUAGAUUAAUCUGCUGGUUUGGUUAAAGCUAUAGGACUAGAUUUACAUUCCAGGGAAUAAUUCCUACUCUCAUUUUAACUGAAUCGAAAGUCUUCAGGUAACAACUUGGUGUUCCAAGUUCCUUCGGCCAAGGUUCAAAACCUUAUCUUUCCAAAGUAUGAGUGAUUAAGCUCUGAACCCUAUGCUCUGAAACUCACUAAGAUUGCGAUGGACCUUGUUAUUUUUGGGCCAUUUUGUAGCCACCUAUGAAAGGCCAUUUGUUUAUCCUUAUGGCGCAUGUCCACCGGCGGUUGCACUUCGGCCCAGCUCAGUAGUGAAGGGGCGGUAUAUAGAUAUAGGUUAUCCUUUUGGACAGUGAAAACUGACUGGGCCAGCGCUGGUAGAUCAACUCUUGCUGUGGCUGAAUCGUCCUCUCCGGACCCCGAUGCACCACGGGUCCCUCUCCGUAGCGGACGGGGGAACCCUGCGUCCCUCUGCCUCUCACACUCUGUCUUCUGGAACUGUUCACCAAGUGGCCUUCACAGACAAGUGAAGGCCAACCCAUUUUGAGUUGGUCAACUGUUAUACUUUUGCCAUUAACUUCCAAUUUAUUUUGUACUUAGAAAUGUUUAUGCCAUAGCAUUGUUGACUACCUAAUUCUGACCGGUCAAUAAGGUUUGAAGGUUGUGCUUUAUUUGUUAAUAACGGGACACGUCUGCCUGUCAAAUCAAUUCAUUACAUAACGGUCUGAUUGGACAAGUGACCAGAUGUUUCCUUGAUGACGCAAUACCAAUAUCUACAAAGCAUUCUUAACUUCAGCUGCUAUAGCCCAAAUAGUAUUAUUGAUGAAAGUUCUGUUAAGCUAGUUAAGUAUUAUUUUACAAUAACGGGACGUCCCUUGGGGUCGACUCUUGACAGUCAGCAGAGUGCUGCCUGCGCUGGAACACAGUAUUCGACCACAGUGGGUCCUCACACAGCAAUCCUUAGGAUGAAGCUGGUUUAAGAAGUGUUAAUAAUUAUAGGAUGGAAGUUUGAUUUUGAAUUACAUUUAUUGUGUUUGCUUACAUUCAAAAUUGUUGCAUCGGAAUCAGAAUUGUGAUCUAUCCAGUCUAGAUGAUCACAUGGUCCUCUAUAAAACUGAAAUGUGUUGUUACAAUAAUAAUUCUGUCCUGUAUUUUCAAAGUAUUUACACACAAAAACACAGUUUCCAUACUCACUCAAAUACACAUGUAUUUUGUACCAAUUACACUUAUUAUUCACACACAAUCAAAGUACUUGUUGAAAACAUUCAGUCAAUGCCAUAAUCAUUUCAUAUAUUUCUACUUUUAUACCAGUCUAAUUAAUCAUAUCUUUCACCCUUUUCUAACAAUGUCAAAUAAAAGUACAACGAUAACUUA